CUCGGAGAAAAGAUCAGUGAUGAUCAGCGAGGAGUCGUUCUGGACCGAGGAGAAGGACGCGCCCCUCCUGAACCGCAAUGCCGACCACCUCACCCACGCAUCUGCCGAGAAGGCAAUGCAGCGCGCCAAGGGAUGGGUGGAUCUGGUGGAGGAGGGCAGCAGCACCGAGGUCGACAUGAGUGCCACAUGCACUGACGAGGCCUCCCUCCGCAUCUUUAAACUCGACGCUGAGAGGACGUUCAAGUCGCCCGCGCGUCGAGAGGCGAUGGUGGAUGUGCUCAAGAUCCUUCACUCGUCGGUGCAGGACUACCACCAAGGGCUCGGCUACAUCGUGUCAUUCCUCCUGCUGCUGCUGCCCAAGGAGGAGACCGUGCGGCUGUGCCUCAACCUGCACCGGAAGGACAAGUACGUGCCGGGCUACUGGAAGGCCGCCCCGCCCGCAUUCGUCCGCGACGCCAAGGUGUACCAGAAGAUCACCGCCCACUACUUUCCCCAAGUGGCCGAGCACACCACCAAGCUGUGCGUGGUGCCCGAGGCCUACGCGCAGAAGUGGCUGGUGGGCCUGUGCAUCCACGUGCUGCCCUUCCGCGCCCUGUGCGACUUCCUCGAGGCCUUCUUCAACAAGGGCGUGGAGUUCCUCUUCCAGUUCACCCAGGGGCUGAUCAAGACGAUAGAGGGUGACCUGCUGGCGGAGAAGGACGUGUCCAAGGUGCUGGCCAUGCUGCGGCUCGACGCGUCCAUCUAUGCCGACGACAAGACAGCCGCGGGAGAGGACAAGACACCGGGCUCCUUCUUCGGCCAGAUAGUGCAGGAGGCCAUCAAUUUCGACCUCAGGUGAGCCAACACAGAGAGAGAGGAGCAUUCAUGGGUGGAAAUGUGUUGGCUUGUGUGUCGUGUGUGCAGCGAGGUGUCGAUCGAUGCGUUGCGCGCCGAGGCGAUGGAGGAGAUGAAGAUCGAGGAAGAGAGGCGCAAGAAACGAGACGCAGAGGUGCGCACCAACGAAGAGCGAUGCCCAGGCAGUGACGAUGGGAUGAUUGCGGGGCUGCUGUGUUGUGUUGUGUUGUGUUGUGUUCAGUUGGACGAAGAGGAUGACGAGAUCACAUUCAGCGACGAAGAGGACGACGGCUAGCGCUGACGGCUUGUCAUGCUGCUUGGACGUGGGGGAUGGAGCCCAUUCCUCACGGCCAUGUUGGCCGCAAAGCUGACGGACUUGUGUGUGCGCGCAUCAUUUGUACAGACAAACUACUGACUAGGCUUUGUGCGUGUCUGAGCAAAAGCAUCAGUGAUCUUGAUCGAGUAGACUUGAUCGAGUUCAAUAAGUC